AUGUCUGGAACUGAAUCACUAAACCAAGUUCAACAUGCCUUGAGCACGAUGUAUUCAAAUGCGUCGCAUGCAGACAAAAAGCAAGCCACCAGGUUUUUAGAAUCAUUUCAAAAAUCGCAAGAAGCAUGGGAAUUAACCCAUCAAAUCAUAAGCAAUAGUGGGGAAUCGAUACAGUUCAGGCUCUUUGCGGCACAGACGUUAAGGUCAAAGAUUACGUACGAUUUGCAUCAAGUUUCUGAAGCUAACUUGGAGCAAUUAAAGGACUCGAUCAUCGAGCUAAUUACGAAAUAUCCAGACCACUCGGGAAGAAUAGUAAGAACACAGUUGUGUAUUUCGUUGUCGCAGCUUGCGUUACAAUACUUAACGUGGAAGGGUGCAAUGACGGAGAUCAUUUCGAAGUUAUCUGCGGAUCAGACUACCAUUCCAUGCUUAUUGGACUUUUUAAAGAUCUUACCAGAGGAAUUAUCAGACGUUAAGAAAACUUCAUUGACCGAUGAAGAAUUCAAUGUAAGAACUCAAGAGUUGAUAACCAGUAAUGUGGAACAAGUGUUAUUGAUUUUGCAAAAAUUGACGGAAUCAUCGAACUCAAAGGAAGUGAACACUUUGAUCUUGGACUGCUUGAAUAGUUGGAUUAAGGAAUGUCCUAUCGAAACCAUCUUACAAAUCAAUUCAUUGACGAAUUUGAUUUUCCAAUCUUUAACUGACGAUCAAACCUUUGACCAAUCAAUUGAAUGUCUUUGUACAAUAAUGAGAGAAACAAGAGACAUCGAGAAUCACGAAUUGAUUGACGCAUUGUAUCAACAACUUAUACAAUUGAAUACAUACAUGACUUCAAAUAAGGAAAAAUUAGAAGACCCUGAAACUUUCAGUGGCUUAACAAGACUUUAUGUUGAAGCAAGUGAAUCGUGGCAUGUAUUAAUUGCAAAAAACCCUAAGCAUUUCAAACCAUUGGUUGAGAUCUUACUCGAAUGCUGUAAAUAUGAAGAAGAUCUUGAUGUGGUAAAGUAUACAUUUUACUUCUGGCAUCUUUUAAAGCAAAUAAUCACUAUACCUAAAUUUCAGGACUCGAAAUUGGAAUUUCAAGAUGUUUACAGCAAGCUAAUUUCAAUUAUAAUUAAGCACCUAACAUACCCUAUUGUGGCAGAUGAUGAUAACUUAUUUGACGGUGACAGAGAACAAGAAGACAAGUUUAAAGAAUUCCGUUACGAAAUGGGUGAUGUCUUGAAGGAUUGUUGUGCGGUAGCUGGACCAACUAUUUCGUUGAACAUUCCAUUUCAACAAAUUCAAACUAUUUUGAGCUCCAAUGCUAAUGAAACUAGAUGGCAAUAUUUGGAGGCACCGUUAUUCUCAAUGAGAGCAAUGGCGAAAGAGGUUCCCUUAAAAGAAAAAACUAUUUUACCAACAAUAAUGAAUUUUUUGAUCCAAUUGCCAGAACAUGCCAAGAUAAGAUAUGCAGCCACUUUGGUAUUAGGUCGUUACACUGAGUGGACAUCGAAGAAUCCAGAAUUUUUAGAACCUCAAUUAAACUACAUUAUUAAGGGUUUUGAAGUAGCGAAUAAUACUAAUAACAAAGAUAUUAUCAUCGCUGCUUCUCACGCUUUGAUGUAUUUCUGUCAAGAUUGUUCCUCCUUAUUGGUUAAUUAUUUGGAACAAUUAUACAUGUUAUACGGACAGGUUAGAGAACAGUUAGACAUUGAGUCAGCGUAUGAAUUAGUAGAUGGGUUGGCACAUGUCAUAAAACAAAUUCCAUCAGAGAAUUUGUAUCAGACUUGCGAAAUGUUUUGGAAACCUACUUUAUCUAAUUUAUCCACGUUAUCAGGUAGCGGUAAUACUAACGAUGAAAGUGUCAAUGUGUUAAUUGCUGACCAGGUAGAAAUUUUAACAACUUUCAUUGGAGUAUUAAGGUGCUCUGAUUAUGAAAAGCCUGAUUAUCCUAUCUGUACUUUAUUCAUAAAAGAGGUUUGGCCUGCGGCUUCAAGUAUAUUACUGAACUAUGGGAACUCUUUAAAAGUCAGCGAAAGAAUAUUAAAGCUAAUUAAAAGUGCAAUUCAAUCAUUCAGCACUUAUUUAACUCCAGUUUUAUCGGAUAUUGCUAAUAUUUUACACCAUGGUUUCAAGCAAACUAAGUUCGGGUGUUAUUUAUGGGUAUCGGGAAUAUUAAUUAGAGAAUUCGGUGAUGAGUACUCUUCAGACGAUAUCAAGGAAUCAGUUUAUCAAUUCGGUUUAUCCCAGUGCUCUCUAUUUUUUGAGUUAAUAAAAUGCGAGAAUGAUUUGAAGAAUAUUCCUGAUGUUGUUGAGGAUUUCUUUAGAAUGAUGAAUGAUUUAUUAAUGUUCUAUCCAUUCAAGAUAAUACCGAACAUGGAUUUACUCAAAUCAACAAUAGAAGCCAGUAUCGCCACACUUAGCUCUCUCGAACAAUUUGAACCACUUGUGUCGUGUUUACAUUUCCUCAUUGACUUUAUUUCAUGGGGAUUGCCUAGUCCACCUAUAUCAUUUUUCGACGAGAAUCCACAACAUAUCCAAGAUACAGUUAAACAAUUUUUGGUUAUGAAUGAUAAUGGAGGUAAUUUAAUUAAAGUUGUGCUAGAUGGACUUAUAUUCACUUUCCAUAACGAUAUUCAACAGGAUGCAAAUGAUUUGCUAUUAAAAAUCUUAAUUGUGGUGCCCGACUACUCUAUUGCCAUAAGCUGGUUAACGAACGUAGUUAAAAGCUUACCUAAUGUGAAUGAAAAAGAAGUAGAAAAACUUAUCAAUACUGUUAGUGUUGCAUUACCAAAUAAAGAUAACAGAAGGAUUAGGUCCUCGCUCAGAGACUUUGUUAAUUGGUAUUCUAGAAAAAAUGUCACUCCCAGGGCGGAAUUCUAA